AUGCUCCUUGUCUAUGUUGGAUUGCUCCUUUACAGUGUGACCUGGGCAGCACUAGAAGAAACAAGCAAUGCUAACAUUGCUCUUCACCAUGUUGACAAGAUAAAACAUCAAGAGCCAACACAUUCAGAAAUCCAGGGAAGAGAGAAACAGCUGGUCCUUUUUGAGGCCAAUAGAAACCAUCAAAGUAAUGAAUCCCCCACUCUUACUGCAAAGAGAAAGACGUUGUGUGAAGACUAUGGUGCCAGCCAGCAAGGGAACGCCUGCAGCAAUUUAACGAUGCCCACGGUUCCUGAAUCCCCAGGAGACAGAGGGACUGAGGGUGGGAACGAUGCUCUGGGCCAUGUGAAUGAGCGGGAAGAGUUUGGAGCAGUUCUGAGGAGCAACGAGAAGCAUAUGAAGAGACCAGUAAUGGGCACUGACCUGUGGACGGGCAAACACCAGGAGAAGGAACCUUGGGAUGCUCUAAGCACAGUUCGGGCAGGUGUCAAACAGUCCCAUCAGAUCCGACGAAGCACUCAAUACCUAAAACAGCGAAACUCCAAAAAGCGGAAGAUCCCCAGUGACUUUGAAGGCAGUGGUUCCCCAGACAUACAAGAGAGGGGAGACAAUGAUAUUUCUCCCUUCAGUGGGGAUGGACAGCCUUUUAAGGACAUUCUUGGCCAAGGAGGGGCUGUUGGUCCUUACCUAGAAAGCAUCGCUAGUGAGACAGACCCUGGGACAGCUGAGCUGGUUAACUCUCACACGAGCAGGGGAGGCUCUAAUGAGAUCCCAGGGAGAGAAGGACAUGGUGGACAAGCCUUUGGAACCAGGGUGGGAACUGUACAGGAGGCAGGUGCUGCUGGUCCGGGCCUGGGGGAGGGCAGUAACGACAUCAUAGGCAGUACCAAUUUUAGGGAACUCCCCGGGAAAGAAGGAAACAGAGUGGAUGGUGGCAGCCAAAAUGCUCACGGAGGGAAAGUCGAGUUUCAUUACCCACAGGUGCCCUCGAAAGAGAAGAUGAAGGAGAGAGACCAUGAUAACACGGAGAGUGCCAAUCACAAUGAAAUUCCUAAGAGUGGCAGAGGUACUUCCCGAAAGGGUACUGGAGGAUCUAAUCAGAAUGAAAAACAGAGCUUUUCCAGUACAGGCAAAAGUCAGGGCCGGCUUACGCCUUCUCAUGGUCUCCAUAAUGAAAUUAAAAAUGAAAUAGAUUCCCACAAUGGCCCCGAUAAUAAGGGAAGUAUAAUAACACUGGGCAGGAAAGACCAUUAUGUUCCUCACAGACAAAAUAAUUCUCCACGGAGUAAGGGGAUGUCCCAAUGGAGACACUCCUGGCGUUACCGAAAGCCCCAUUCCAGCAGGAGCCCCCCUAAAAGGGAAGACAGCAGUGGGUCAUCUGACAGUGGCAGCUCAAGCGAGAGUGAUGGUGACUAG